AUGGCGUCCCGCUUCUUUGCCGCCAGCGACAGCUCCUCGGACGAGUCCAGCGAGGAGGAGCUCUACUCCAAUGACGAGGAGUCUGAGCAGGAGGACAGCGAACAGGACUCGGACGAUGAUUCCGAUGAUGACGACUCCUCGGACUCUGGCUCAGAUCUCGGUGCCGCCAGGUUCUUGAAGGACGCUGACAGCGAGAGCGAGAGCGACGACGAGGAUGUGAACAAGGUGCUGAAGAGCGCCAAAGACAAGCGCUUCGACGAACUCGAGGCGACGAUUCGCCUUAUCGAGAAUGCGCAGAGGAUCAACGAUUGGGCCGUCAUUUCUGAGCAAUUCGACAAACUCAUCCGCCAGGUGCCUACCCUGAUCAAGCAGAAUGAUGGCAAGAUCCCCAAGCUGUACAUCCAGGCCAUUGCCGACCUCGAGACGGCCGUCAUCGAGACGCACGAGAAGCAAAAGGUCACGCCCAAGAAGAUGAACGCCGUCAACGGUCGUGGUUUCAACGCUGUGCGCCAGAAGAUCAAGAAGCACAACCGUGACUACGAAAAGGACAUCAAUGCGUACCGGGAGAACAAGGAGGAGUUUAUGCGCGAGGAGGAAGAGGAGGUUGUGCAGGCACCAAAGGAAAAGAAGAAGAAGAACAAGAUUCCCCAGCUUGCCCCCGAGGUCGUGGACCAGGCGACGGACGACGGCUUCAUCACCGUCGGUGCUGGUGGCAAGGCUGUCCUGUACACACCCGAGGGCAUUCUCAAGCACCUACGCGCCAUUGUCGAGCAGCGUGGUCGUAAGAACUCGGACAAGCUCGAGCACAUCAGGACACUGGAGAAGCUGUUCGACGUGGCCAUCAACGACUACCAGAGGAUUCGCGUUCUUUUGACUCUCAUCUCUACCCGCUUUGACCUGACAUCUGGCACUGCCAGUCACAUGCAUCAGGAUCAGUGGAAGCUUGCCGACCAAGAAUUUGGCAAGCUGCUGCAGAUUCUCGAGGACAGCAAAGAGAUUGUUGUCAUUGAGAACGCUGAGGAGUGGGAGGAUGACGAGAAGCUGCCUACCAUUACCCCAGGCGAGAUCUUCCGCAUCCCUGGUAGCAUUGUUUCGUUUGUUGAGAGGCUUGAUGACGAGCUCACUCGCUCCCUCCAGCACAUUGACCCGCAUACUUCUGAGUACAUUGAGCGCCUGACCGACGAGGCUCUCCUGUACGCUCAGCUUGUGCGCACCCUGGUGUAUGUCGAGAAGUUGAAGAAGAACCCAAGCCUAGAACUGCCCCAAGAGCCACUGAACCGUAUUGUCAUGCGGAGAUUGGAGCACGUCUACUUCAAGCCCUCGCAAGUCAUCACCAUCCUCGAGAACAACGUAUGGAAGGCUAUUCCCGACAGCCUCGACUCGGAAAUCACGCCCCGUUCCAUCUCCAACGACACUGCCUCGCUGGUUCAGACUCUGUGCACAUACCUCUUCCGUCAUAGCGAGGGCAUCAUCCGUGCCCGUGCGAUGCUGUGCCAGAUUUACUUCCUGUCUCUUCACGAUCAGUACUACAAGGCCCGUGACAUGAUGCUCAUGUCCCAUUUGCAGGAGACUAUCAGCAACUUUGACGUCAACACUCAGAUUCUGUUCAACCGUGCUCUCGUCCAAGUCGGUCUCUGCGCUUUCCGUGCCGGACUGGUCUACGAGGCGCAAACCUCACUGCAAGAAAUUUGCGGCAGCAACAGGCAAAAGGAGCUUCUCGCACAAGGUCUGCAAAUGCAACGCUACUCGCAAAUCUCACCCGAACAGGAGCGUCUUGAGCGUCAACGACAGCUUCCAUUCCACAUGCACAUCAACCUUGAGCUACUAGAGUGCGUCUACCUGACCUGUUCUAUGUUGCUUGAGAUUCCCCUGCUCGCACAACUUGGUUCAUCACCGGACCUAAGGAAGCGAGUAAUUAGCAAGACAUACCGCCGUCUCUUAGAGUACCAUGAGCGCCAGAUCUUUACUGGCCCUCCUGAGAACACGCGCGACCACGUCAUGCAAGCAUCCAAGGCGCUGUCCGCUGGAGAGUGGAAGAAGGCCGCUGAGUUUAUCAACUCAAUCAAGAUCUGGGAGCUCAUGGCCAACUCGGAGAAGAUCAAGGAGAUGUUGUCUGCACAGAUCCAAGAAGAGGGUCUGCGGACAUAUCUCUUCACCUAUGCUCCUUUCUACGACACACUCGCCAUCUCCACACUAGCGGGUAUGUUUGAGCUUCCAGAGCGCAAGGUCUCUGCCGUCGUGUCCAAGAUGAUUUCCCACGAGGAACUCGCCGCGGCGCUUGACCAGGUCAACUCGGCCAUCAUUUUCAGAAAGGGUGUCGAGCUCUCAAGACUCCAGACUCUGGCACUCAGCCUGUCAGACAAGGCAUCAGGCCUCAUCGAGUCCAACGAGAAGACGCUCGAGCAACGUACACAGGGCACAGCGAAUGCGUUUGAGAGGCAAGGCGGACGCGGUAACCGUGGUGGUAGGGGAGGCGGUGGCCGCGGUGGUGGUAGGGGCGGAGGCGGAGGCCCAAGGGGAGGCAGGAAUCAGCAGUUUACAGGCGGUGCGUUGGGACGCGCUAUUCAGGCUUAA